UGUAAAGAUAAUUCUGAAGGUCGAAUUUCAAUACCCAUCUUAGUUUUAUAGAUGCUUUGAUUCUGCCAGGAAUUGCUGUAGGCUUCCAUGGCUUCAUGCAGUGUGCCUUUGUGAUUUAUUGAGUCAUCCUGUCCGUGUGCCCUCCACCUGCCGCAUACCGUAGUGCACUGAGCUUGCAGUUCAACCUUAGCUCAGCACGGUCGCUUGCCAGGAUCCAGUAGCAUGAAUAAUAGAUGAGGAGCAUUUGCAAAAACGCUGCUUCAGUGCACGCAACCGUAGCCAGACCCCCUGUGUCUCAGUGUGCAGCAGAAGAGAAGAGAAGAGUUAGGCAGACGCAAAAAGUUUAGAUGAGUGGAAAAAAUAAUAAAAAUAAAAAUAAUAAUAAUUAAAAAAAAAAACUGUGGACUGCACAUUUACAUACAGUCCCCACCUCUGAGAAUAGGUUUAAUGGCUCAUAUAGUUGCUGCACUCGAUCCUGUCAAACCCCGACCUCAGAGAGGUUCAGUGCAAAAAUAAACAUGGAUUGUCUCCCUCCCAGGCGAAACAACUGCAGAUAUGAAACACAAUAUAUGACUGGCCGCCUCUCUCCACAAACAGUCUUUGUUUCCAAAGACACUGGCAGACAGAAAUAGACUCUUCUGUGUCUGCUACCAUAAAUCGCUGCCAUCAGCCAGCAAGCCCUCCUGCCAGCCACAGGCAUCUGCCUCCUUCCCACCCCUCUCUUUCUCUCCUCUCCUUUUAAUGGAUCCAUGUAUUCUCGCAUCAGGCAGCGGUGUCCUGAGCUCUGCUGGUCAAUAGCCUUCCUCAUGUCCCUCUAUCGCUUCUCACUUUCUGAACAGCCGUCUCUAUUUCUGUCCUGUUUGCAGAAACUGGAAUGUACCAAAACUGCACCAAAGACACCAACAACAACUGCAAUAAAAGCCUUCUGUGUGGUCACAAGGAAAAUCUUAUUGAAGCUAUUAAAAGAAUCAAGCAUGAGGUAGAUGAGUGCAGAGCAGCAGAGAGGGAGGCAUACGUCGACUCAUUGGAAGUAGAGAACAGCUUUGAUGACCUGGAACGGGAAAUCAGAGCGGAGUUUCAGAACCUCCGUCGUUUUCUGGAUGAGGAGGAGGCCAAGGACCUGGAGCGACUGAGGAGGGAGCGGCAGAAACAAGUGAAGCAGCUGAAGGAGAGAGAGAAGAAAAUAGCGGCGCAAGGGAAAGACCUGGAGAACGCCAUCGCAGUGCUCAACAGCAAACUGGCAGAGGAGGACAGUCCGAAACUGCUCACAGAAAUUCAGGAUCUCAUCAGAAGGCCUCAGAUCCGCUUCAUCCUCCCAGCAGAGGUGGACACUGAGGUCCGCUCUGGCCAGUUUGUGGGGCCCAUCCAGUACAGGAUAUGGAAGCACAUGAAAAGUUGCCUCUACCCAAAUAUCACGUCAUUAACCUUUGACCCUGAGACAGCCCACCCCAACCUGUGUCUGUCCCAGUGCUGCACCACUGUGUGGUACGAGGACGGUAAGGAUGAGCCCUGCCGGGCCAACCCGCGGCGGUUCAACUACUACUACUGCGUCCUGAGCCAUCGGGGCUUCACCACAGGCCGACACUACUGGGAGGUGGAGGUGGGCCACAAGACGGCGUGGAGGCUGGGCGUGGCGCGAGAAGACGUCUCCAGAGGGAAGAUGGCGGUCAGCGGUACCUCCAGUGGCCUCUGGACCUUAGCCCUUAAGGACAGAACUGUCCUCGCCUGCACCGAUCCAAAGCCCACCAAGGUCAACGUGUCUGUGCACCUCGUCAGAAUCGGCGUGUACUUAGACUGCGAUAAGGAAGAGGUGUCUUUCUAUAACGCAGUUACCAUGGCGCCAGUCUACACCUUCACCAUGGGAACAGUUCUAUGUCCUGUGUUUCCUUUCUAUAACCCGUGCGACACAGACGAUGGAAGGAACACAGAACCCAUGAGCAUAUUUUAUCCUUCAAUAUGAAGGUAACAAAGUAUUUUCCUGUGCAUGAUGAAAUGUGAUGCUUCAGAUGAAUCCUGGAUCCUCUUACUGUGGCUGCCUGGAGCUUUGGGUGUUAACUGCAUUAACGUUACCUUUGCUCUAUUUUUAAACAUCCUUGUCGUGCCUGUCCAGCCAAGGUUAUGGUAUUAGUGGGAGCCGGGGUGAGAAAGCGGCGCGUGACACCACACAAACGAUAGCUGACACUGAGUGAGAUAACUGACCGAGAUGGAACGGACAGCUCGGGCCCAACUGUGUGUUGCUGAGAGAGAAGGAAAACAGCAGACGUCAUGAUGUGUUGUUUAUUCUUAGUAUUCCUUUAGACAUGAAAUAAAGAAAACCAUCUUUACAAAACA